ACAUUUCGCCAUUCUGUUCCUCCGGUCUUUCGUAUCCUUUCACAUUUCACAGUUACAAACUGUGAUUACGAAUUUCGGCUGGCUUACUCCGUUGGGUUUACCUUUACCAAAACUCUGUGAUAGAUGAGAUAAAAUAAGAAAAGUUUUGCCGCUUGUGAAAUUUAGUAUUUAAAAAUCAUUCGUUAUGGCUGAUUCUUCUUACGAGAAAGGAUUAACCGAGUUAUCCAAGAUGAAGGUAGCAGAUCUAAAGUUAGAGUUGAAGCAACGAGGACUGCCCACGACUGGAAAUAAAACCGAGCUAGUAGAACGACUUCAAUUAGCAAUGCAUGGAGAUUCGACUUUAUCACUUGAUGAGACUACAGAUGAAAUAUUGGAUGAGGAUGCUGUUCUCGGAGAUGAAGAGAUAGAGGAGCUUUCUAGCAAACCUGACUCACAGGAAGUGGGUGAAAAGCGAAAAUUGUCCACAGAAAGUAACUCUGGGAAUUCCAAAAAAAUAGUACUAAAUCGCAAUCCAAUACUCGAAGACAUCCAAAGCGAACUGAUUGGAAAAGAGAACAAUAAUAAAUCAGAUACAAGUGAACCUGAAAAAAAAGUCAUCAAGCUUUCUCAGCUCGGUGUUAAGGAGAGACUGGAAAUGAGAGCUAAGAAAUUUGGCGUACCUCUAUCUGAGUCUGCAAAGAAAGAAGCUAGGUCAGCCAGGUUUAAUUCAAACACUCAGAAUAGUAAGUCAGCAGCAUCUAUAAACGUUCCAGUGCAUACGACCUUUGAGGUGCUGAAAAAGAGAGCUGAAAGGUUUGGCGCUUCAGUUUCUAGUGUGAUGGAAAAAGCUGAAAUGGAGUCGCGAAUAGAAAAGAGGCGAGCGAGAUUUGGCGAGGUUAAGCCGAUCGAAAAACCCGUAAAAAAAAUUAAGAUAGUAAAAUGAUACUCAAUUUCAUACACCCAGAUGAUACUUUAGGUUAAGGUUAUUUUAAGAAUUUAUUUUUCAAUGAAACCAACAAUCAAACAGUCAUUAAAAAGUAGACGAUAUUUUCAAUAUUCAGUAUGGGUUGAAAAUAUUUACAUUUUUUGAUUCAUCAAUUUCUAAUAGAGAUUUACUUAUUAAAUU